CGUUUUCUAUGAAAAUAGCUAUUAACACAACACACACUUAGCUCCUCUAUAAUAAUUUCUCUCAGGUUCUCUUACCACUAUAGAGGAUAUGUAUUUGGUUUAAAAAAUGGGUUUAGGCUUGUUAAAUCAGUGGAUUUUAUAAACUUUCGGAGGAAGGCGGGCUUUCAGAGUUUGGACUACAGUUUGGACUACAGUGCUGCAUUCAAGAUUCCGACGUUAAACCACGAGGCCCGUGAAGGCAACAAGUCCUCGACCAAUGAGGAGCGAGCGCACGGUGACGCUGGAGAUGUAAACAAACAGAAGCAGCGCGGCCAUUACAGCAACAACCGAGUUCCAGCGAGUUGACGUUUGUCUUCUCUGUCGUCGAAUAAAUCACCCCCGAAGACAUGAAAGACCCGAGCAUCAGCAGCGGGUGCCCGAACAUGACCACCGGCACCGAGUUGAUCCUCACUAGCCAGUUCAACGCUGAGGACGACCCGUUCGCCGAGUAUAUGUGGAUGGAGAACGAGGAGGAGUUCAACAGGCAGGUGGAGGAGGAGCUGUGGGAGGAGGAGUUCAUCGAGCGCUGUUUCCAGGAGAUGCUGGAUGAGGAGGAGGAGUGGGAGUGGUUCAUCCCGUCUAGAGAUCUCCCUUCUCAAAGCGUCAGCCAGCUGCAAGAGCAGAUCAGCCUCCUGGUCCUCGAUGGCGACAAAGACCUGGAUGUGGUGGUGACCAGUAGCUUGAACCCCAAUGCCAAGGAGUUCACCCCAGGCAUCCAGAAACAUGCCAUGUGACCCGGCUAGGCUCCUCCCUCCCCCCAACCCUAGUCCGCACUGUGACAUCAUCACCAAGAUGUCUGCUGUAUUUUCCAGCUGCCACUCGACCUUCAGCCUGACGUGUUGCCAAAGUUCUGCGCUCGCAUGUCUUCACAGUUACAGUUAGGUGUGUGUGUGUGUGUGUGUGUGUGUGUGUGUGUGUGUGUGUGUGUGUGUGUGUGUGUGUGUGUGUGUGUGUGUGUGUGUGUGAACUCUCUGAAUGUACAUCAGCUGAGAGGAGUGUUUGUAUGACUCUAAAUCAGAACAAACUGCUUCCUGUCUCCACUUUAAUUAUUAUUUUGGGGCACUUUUAUAAAACCUGAAAUCAAA